GUGCGAAAUUCGAUAGUCAUUGGUCAAGUGACGCUGAUGAAGUCAGUUAUUUCCAGCAUCGAAAGUAAGCACGAAGUGAACAUCACUGGUGGUCUCAAUGAGUUCAACGUCAAAUUCUAUGGACCCUCCGGGACUGCAUACGAAGGCGGCGUAUGGCGAGUACGCGUCGAGCUUCCGGAAAAGUAUCCGUUUAAAUCGCCUUCAAUAGGAUUCAUGAAUAAGAUAUUUCAUCCAAAUAUUGACGAAGCAAGUGGUUCAGUCUGCCUCGAUGUUAUCAAUCAGGCAUGGACAGCGCUGUAUGAUUUAGCAAAUAUUUUCGAGUCAUUCCUUCCGCAACUGCUCACCUAUCCCAAUCCGACCGAUCCUCUGAAUGGUGAUGCUGCGGCACUUUAUCUACAUAAACCGGAGGAGUUCAAGAAGAAAUGCAAAGACUACGUCGAACGCUUUGCGUCUGAAGAUGCCCUACGUCGCUUCUUCAACGAGUCCUCAUGCAAGCCAGAUUAUCGAAUGGACAAAACCGGAGACGAUUCAGAUAUAUCCAGCAUGUCGGAUUUUUCUGAAGACGAAACACAAGGAAUGGAAUUAUAA